AUGAGGCGAACGGGUGGCGUGUCUCCGCCCGGCGCACGUCUCUUGGCUCACUUUACAACUGGCAGCACCAUGCACAAGGCGGCGCUGUCUACACCCAUUGCGCUACUGUUGCAGCUGCUGCUGCUGCUGCUGGUACUGGUGCUACUUGCUGUCCAAGUAGACGCACGCGAGUGUCAAGAGACCACUGUCUUGGCACCCAAAGCCAGCGCCGCUGUCUCGACCGUUCGGACCGAGAGAGACCUCGUGCACGACACUGCGAGAGGACCACACAGCAGUUACGCAGCGCAUGAUGCCGAGAUCGUAGGGGCUGUGCGUGGCGCUAUGCUAUGCAGCAAAGUCGAGUCAUCAACGCCGCCUUCGAGUCGUCCGAGCUCGAACGUGUCUGCUCAAGCCAAACCCCCUCUGGCCACAGCUCCGUCGUCCAAGCUGCUCGCCUCGAGCCUCAGUGACGUACACGCCCCACCUCCUGUAGUCGCAGCACGCGGCGUCAACGGCCUCGCAGCUUCCAGCAACGGGAGACACAAGUCCGGCGUUAACGGCGUCAGACCCGUCGAGUCGAACGUGGACAGCACGUUUGUCCCUGCGACAGCGUCUCGAGCGUCCGUUUCGUCCAGCACACCGCUCGCUUCCUCUUCCGUGCACGAGACCGCCCACGAUCCGCCGGCCAAAGCUGCACCGACAGUUGUGUCCAGCAGCAGCAGCCACAACGCCAGCAGCACUGCUUUGAGCCAUUAUAGCGAGCGCGUGCCCGUGAAGAGCACGUUCCUCGAGCUCUCGAGCGCCCCCACCCACGUCGACGACGACAGCGCGGCACCAGCUGCUGCCUCGCGUCCCACGAGCAAAGCGACAGUGUCCACAGGCAAAGCGGUCGACGCAGCUGCCAGCGCCACACAGACCAAAGCCGACCCCAGCAGCGCCGCGUCCAGUAGCAGCUCUUCGUCCGCGAGCCGUCUGCUCUUCUACUCGUGUCUCGCCGUGGGCGUUGCGGGUCUCGUUGGCGCUGUGCUCCUGUACACGACCGAGCACCGGACAGGCGCCAAGCAGCAGCAGCAGCAGCAGCAGCCGCGGGGCAGCGACGGGGCGGACGCGAUGCCCCGCGCGACGUGGGCGCCGCGGCCCAGUGAAGUGCACGUUGUCAUGGACGGACGCAACUUUGCCAUUUUAUAA